AUGCAGAAGCCAAAGCUGCAGGCUCCUCUCUUCAUAAUCUCCCUAAUUAUUUAUCUCAUUACCCUGAUGGGCAAUCUUGGGCUGAUCACAUUGAUCAAGACGAACUCCCAGCUGCACACUCUCAUGUACUUCUUCCUCUGCAAUCUCUCCAUUGUUGAUUUUUGCUGCUCCUCUGUCUUUUCUCCAAAGGUGCUUACUGGCUUCUUGGUGGAGAAGAAAACCAUUUCUUACUCCACCUGCUUUGCCCAGCAUUUCUUUUUCCUGGUGUUUGUAACCACAGAGGUGUUCUUGCUGGCUGCGAUGGCAUACGACCGCUACGUAGCCAUGUGCAACCUGCUGCUCUGUGCUAUUUCUAUGUCCAAGAGGGUUUGCAUUCAGCUGGCAGCUGGGUCUUACAUAGGGGGGAUUUUGAACUCGCUCAUCCAAACGUGCUGCUUGCUGCCUUUGCCUUUUUGUGGACCCAACAUCAUCAACCAUCACUUCUGCGACACUAACCCUCUGCUGAAACUCACCUGCUCUGACGACCACCUCAGUAAGCUUUUGCUUGUAACCUUCAAUGGGACCAUUUCCAUGUCUGUGCUCUUCAUCAUCCUCCUCUCCUACGUAUACAUCCUCUUCUCCAUCCUGAAGAUCAGGUCAGCCAAAGGAAGACACAAAGACCUGACCGUUACCUUGUUCUACGUGCCCGCGGUGCUGAGCCACAUGCAGCCGGGCUCCAAGUACUCCCUGAAAAUGGAGAAAGUCACCACCGUGUUUUACACCCUGAUCGUCCCCAUGCUCAACUCGCUCAUCUAUAGCCUGAGGAACAAGGAGGUCAAGGAUGCACUCAGGAAAGCCGGGGCAAAGAACAUUUUUGUGAGUUGCCUGCUGAUCGAACUGACCCCAAUCAGUUGA